AUGCGUGUAACAGGUGACUACGAGAUGGUGAAGGUCGUCGGCGGCGGUGAUUCGGAUAUUUUCGAGACUCCACAGCGGAAAAUUUCCAAUUUCGUGUUUUGGAAUCAGACGCGGGUCUUCAUUUUGAUUCUCUCCCUAACAUGCAUGACAUUAACCCAAAUCAACUCUCAAAUCUUCACAUUUACUGUGAUAUGUAUGGAUGAUCUAAUUGUGGAGCAGCAGACGAGCAACUUGACGGAACCCCACUGGAUCGAAGGAACUACUGAAAAAUCGAUUUUAUUCUCGGCAACAGCGAUCGGCGCCCUGGUAGCACUUAUUCCCUCGGUACCCAUCCUUAACAGUCUGGGAGUCAGACUAACCUUGUCAUUUUGCGGACUCUGCUCCACACUUGGCACCUUCUUCACACCGCUCGCCGUCACUUAUAGCUUUUACCUCGUCGUUUUCUGCCGUGUUCUUCAGGGAAUCGGGAUAAGUGUGAUUCUGACAGUUCUCGGUGUAAUUCCUUCAUAUUGGUCGCCAAAAACCGAAUACAGUACCUAUUUGGCGAUAUUAUCGUGUGCCUGGCAGUUUUCAAAUGUGAUUUUCAUGCCGAUUUCGGGGAUUUUGUGCGAUUCUUCGUUCGGUUGGCGGUCGAUUUAUUAUGUUUUCGGCGUGGCUACUGGGUUUUUUUAUUUCGUGUUUUUCAUGUUUUACACGGAUAUUCCCGGAAUUCAUAAAAACGUCUCCGAAAAAGAGCUCGGCCAAAUCGUCGAAGGAAAACCCGAGCACACUGUCCGUGAAGCCGUCCCAUACUGGAAAAUUUGCACAGACCGCUGUGUUCUGUCUGCGUGGGUGAGCUUCCUUGGCGGAAACCUCGGCUUCAUCACCCUGCUUCUGUACGGACCAACUUAUCUUCGAGAAGUUCUGCAAUUCGAUGUGAGGUCGACUGGAUAUAUCAACGCGUUACCGUAUGCUCUUUGUGCGAUCUAUAAAUUUGGCGCCGGCAAAAUUUCGGACCGGGUUACUUUUGCCAGUGAUAAGGCAAUCUACACAUUCUGGCUCUUCUCCUCGAUCAUCGGACUCGGCAUCGGCUACAUAAUCAUGGCGUGGACUUCCGACCGAAACGUGGCCUUCGUUGCAUUUGCCUUUGCCGUUGUCACGUCCGGUCUUAUCAUAAUGGCAUGUGUCAAGUGCCUGGCAAUGAGAUGUCAGCAGCAUUGUCACUUUGCUGUCAGUGCGAUCUCCUUCCUGUCGUACUGUGUUCAGUUCAUCUCGCCGUUAGGAGUCGGCAUUUUGUGUCCGGAUAAUACGCCAGAUCAGUGGUCACGCCUGUUCAUCAUCAUCACCCUUAUCAUGAUUAUCACCAACGCUCCAUUCCCAUGGUUGACCACUCAACAAGCCGCUAAUUAUACGAAACGAAAAGAUCCAAAGGCAUUCGAGAAGUGUUAG